AAAAAAAAAAAAAUAUUUCUCUCUUUUUUUUUAAAUAUGGAUCCAAAGAAAAGUAUACCUAACCCGAAACGAAAGCGAAAUAACGAAGAAUUAUUAAUUAAUAAAAAAGUUAAGAAUUCUAACGUUGAAAAUGUUCCCAGUACGAGUAUUAAUUCAAAAAACAAUGUGACAAGUGAGAUUUACAGCGCUUCCUGUUCCUAAGAAAAUUAUACCUAGGCCGAGUGGGAAAGCAAAUGUGAAGGCAAGUGGGAAGUCAGUUAACUAUGGAAGAACUGUUACAAAGAGUUGUCCUAUAAAGCCUUUAAAACUUGUUACCAAAUCUAUGACCGAGAAGAAUAGGUCGCGUGCAGGGAUUUUAGAAAGUAAACAGCGAUUGCAACUUGUUACCAAAUCUAUGACCGAGAGGAGUAGGUCGCGUGCAGGAAUUUUAGAGAGUAAAAUGCAAUUAGCCAAGUCUCGACGCGAAAUGAUUGAAAUUAAAAAACGUAAUGAAGCCAUAAGGUCUAGAAUCUCGAAAAUACGUGAUGAUUUGGUUCGAGUCGAAAACGAACACGAGACAUUGUUUAAGAGUAUUGAACAAAUGAAGAAACAAACAGCCACGUAUAAUGAAGAGAUGAAGAAGCUCAAUGAGCAUUGUGAUGUAGCAAAUGAAGAGAGCAACAAACUUAGUGAAAUCAUCUUAGAAUCGAGAAAAGGUUUAGAACUUAGGAAUAAUAAAAUCAUAGAAAAAAGAUUAUUGUACGAGUAUCAGCUUAAACAAAUACAAGAAAUUUAUGCUGGAUUGAAAGCGGAAGAAAAUACUCGAAAGGAUUUGCAUAACCAAAAUCUAGAUCUCAUGGGAAACAUUCGAGUAAUGUGCCGUGUUCGUCCAUAUACUGAUAAAGAGAAAGAAAUUGAACAGGUUAGCUUGGAAUGCUUUGAUGAUAAGCAUACUAUUCAAGUUUCCACCAAGAGAUUAAGACUUUGGCAGAUGCAAAUCGAAAAGUCAACAUACGAAUUUGAUCACGUUUUCAAUACAAGUGCAGAUCAAAAAGAAGUUUACCUAGAACUUAGUCCACUUGUGCAAUCAGCUAUUGAUGGAUACAACGUUUGUAUAUUUGCAUAUGGGCAAACAGGGUCUGGAAAAACUUAUACAAUGGAAGGUAACGUGAACAGCCCAGAAAAGAAAGGUGUCAUUCCUCGAUCAAUUGAUGAAAUUUUUGAUAAAAUUGAGGAAACAAAUAAACUUGGAUGGAACUUUGAGGUAUACGUUCAAUAUAUUGAAAUUUAUAACGAAACAAUUCAAGACUUACUUAUAGAUGAGGAUAAAGAUCGCAAAAAAUCAUGCAAGGAUCGCAAAAAAUCAUUUAAGGAGGAUCGCAAAAAAUCAUUUAAGGAGAGCAAGGAUUUAUGCAAGAUAGUAUACAAUGAAGACACUCGCAUGACAAUCAUUGAGAAUGCCGAAAGACUCAAAAUCAGUAAAAAGAAAGAUAUGGAAAUAUUAAUAGGCAAAGCCUCGAAUCGUAGAUCUAAGUCAUCAACUAAUUCUAAUUCUGUUUCUUCAAGAAGUCAUGGUGUAUUUAUCCUUCACUUAGAAGGAGAAAAUCCACUUGAAAAAAUGAGCAGUCGAGGUUCUCUUAGCCUAGUUGAUCUAGCAGGAUCUGAAAAUAUUGAUAAAUCUGGCUCUGUAGGCGAUCAAAUGACUGAGGCACAGAGUAUAAACAAAUCUCUUUUCUAUCUUAGAUAUGUGAUUCAACAAAUUAAGGACAAAUCGAACCACGUUAAUUAUCGUGACUCGGUGUUAACAAGUUUGUUAAAAUAUUCACUUGGCGGUACCGCAAAAGUGUGUAUGCUAGUUAACGUAUCACCUUCUACUGAUUCGACCAACGAGACCAAAAAAAGUUUAUCUUUUGGACAAGAUGCAAGAAAGGCGCACGUAGGAACGGCAAUGAGAAAUGGGUGUGCCUAAUUAUUUCAUUUUCAUGGUUUGUUGCUAUAUUAAAAAUAACAUUUAGUAAUUUAUAACUAAAUAUGUAUAAUAAUAUCUAUAUAUAUUUUUUUCCUCGUUUCCGGGAAAACUAAUUAAAGGAAAAUGCAAACAAUUUUUAUUUGAUAAAUUUUGAUCUGCGUAUUUAAUAAAGUUAAAUUUCAAAAAGCAAUCUUUCGUAAAUUUGACGAUCGAUUUACGUGAAACGAUUUCAAUGUACUGUACAACGCAAAUCAAUUAUAUGU